AUGUCGACUAUGCUUGAUACAUAUCAGGACAGUGCUACAAUUAAAAGUCUUGAAAGAGAGCAAAGUACGUACCUAAAAGCGGAACUCAAAGCAGAGUUUCCGAGGUACAUCGAGGCCCGGAAUCAUGAGCUCAAGAUUAAAACCAACAUUAUUGAUGUUGGUUCGAUCUCGACUAAUGAAUUAAAUGCGUGCCUUGAUCUAAUUGAUCAUAAUUUGGGCGCCAUAUAUGCAAGGCUUCAUGGACCAACCUGGAAAAUGGAUAAAAUCAAAGAGAUGAAGGAUUCCGGAUUAAUUUACAUUUUACUUAAAGAUAACAGCACAGAAGUUAGCUCUAAGUUAGCAGGGUUCUUAUCUAUGCGAAUCCUUGUAGAUGGAGACCUUUCUGUUUUAUAUCUCUAUGAGAUCCAACUUGAUAAAGCCUACCAAAAUAACAAAAUCGGUUCCCAGGCCAUGAAACACCUUUCUACCUUACCUGAUAAAAUUAAUAUGAAUAGGCGAUAUCUGUCCCGAUUCUACCCAUUGGAUGGAAUUUCGUUAACUGUCUUUUCUGAUAACCUAGGUGCGUUGAAAUUCUAUCAAGCUCAAGGAUAUAAAUUUUCGAAAAUGUCUCCAAGAGAUAAGAAGUUAAAGGACAAAACCGUGGAAAAGCCGCCGUAUUAUAUAAUGAUCAAAUAUUCUUCAGCCGCCUACUUAUGA